AAUAUUUCAUGUAUGACCCAUAUGAGGGAACGCGAGAGGGAGAGAGCAGCAGAGAUGCUGAGACGCUGAGCGGGCUUCGGCGGAGCCUGUGCUGCUGCUGCUGCUGCUGCGUGGCGGCUGACAGACACCGAGGCAGAGGGAGGAAGGGAGGGAGGGUCUGUUCCACGCGUGGAUUAUUAUUGCUCCGCAUCGCGCUCUAUUCAUAAGGGAAGCAGCCGAGGAGAAUCGGAAGAAACCGAAGCCCAGUCCCGAAAAGAGCUGACGUGAGGAAAGGUGAUGACGGUGCCCUCGGCCCAUGAGUUUCACUGGCAGAGCCUGGCAUGUCUAUCCAGCGCCCGCGUCUAUCACUCAUUGGCUGAUGUCGGGGGGCAGCUGUAUAUGGUGGGGGGUUGUGAUGCUUCGGGGCGACCCACCAGUGCUCUCGAGCUCUACUCCCCUGAGGUGGACCGCUGGCUCAGUCUCUCUCCGAUGCCCACGCCGAGAGCCGGGGCGGCGGUGGCUGUCUUAGGUAAGCAGCUGCUGGUGGUCGGGGGAAUGGGGAAGGACCAGCGCCCCCUGAAGGCCGUGGAGGUGUAUAACACAGAAGAAGGCAAAUGGAGGAAGAGGUGCUCGCUCAGAGAGGCGUCCAUGGGGCUCUCUGUCACUGUUAAAGACGGCAGAGCUCUUGCUGUUGGGGGAAUGGGAGCAGACCUCCUGCCUAGAAGUAUUCUCCAGCAGUACGACCUUCGCAAGGACGUGUGGGCGCUCCUUCCGGCCAUGCCCACCCCGCGCUACGAUACCAGCGUCUGCCUACUGGGCUCCAAGAUCUACGUGGCAGGAGGACGUCAGUGUAAGCGUUUGGUGAAGGUUUUUGAGGUCUUUGACAUGGAAAGCCGUACCUGGUCCUCUCUACCCAGCCUGCCUUGUAAGAGAUCUUAUUCUGGGGUCUUAUGGGACAGCGCCGGGCGUCUCUGCUGGUUGGGAGGGCUCAGACAAGGAGGAAUACACCAAAGGUCCAAGUUUACCAAGAAUGUUAACAUCUUUGACACCAACCAAGGAACUUGGUUGAAAUCAGAGGACACCAUACCCUUGAAAACCAAGCGAGCAGACUUUGCCGCAGCCAUAGUGCGAGGCAGAAUGAUUGUGGCGGGAGGCUUAGGCCAUCAGCCAUCAGUGCUGGACACCGUCGAAGCCUUCCAUCCAGAAAAAAGAAAAUGGGAGAGGCUGUCGCCCAUGUCGACACCACGUUGCUCUGCCUCCAGCAUUGUGAUCCGUGAUCGACUACUGGUAGUAGGAGGUGUCAAUCAAGUCCCAAGCUCCGCCCAUGAGAUUCUGUAUGUAAAAGAGGAGGAGAUUCUUUAACCAUAGAACUUUAGGUUUACACAUCAGAAAAAGUUGCCUUCAAUGAUCAAGUAAAACAAAAAAUGUCACGCUAAAUGUGUGGUCACGUUUACUAUUGCUUCGUGAAAUUUAGCAUCAAAAUCCUGUCUGUGCAACUGGGAGUUUCACAUGAGGGCGAAAAAGUUCUCGAUGCAGUUUUCACUCAUGUUCAAAUUUUCAUAACCAACUUGAAUUCUAACGAAAACUGCGUGAGGAAGUUUAUCAGAACCAAGAAGCUUCCUAUUGGUGUUACUAACUUCUCUGCACUGGGAACUAUAUUUGUCCUCAUUGCGAAACUCCCAAUCAUAUGGAAUAGAUUUCGCCAGCAAAAUUUUGCUAAUGUGACCGCACCUUAAAGCCUGAAAUAUACUCUACUCAAAUACGCAAAUGUGAAUCAUGCAAUGCACUCCAAAUGCAAUAGGCAAAGGUGUAGAGUUUCCUUCAAAUAUUUGUCUUAAAUUUAAUUCAGGUAGCUAGCUACAAACAUGACAACAGUUUAAAUGUAAAAUAUCAUUUUUGCUAGCCCUAGCACAUGAUUCUCUUCAAACUGCUGCUCCGCCAUGACUGUAGUUUAGCUGAUACAGAAAAAUUACUGUAGAAGAUGUUUAAGGCCCCGGUAUACUUCAAACAAAAUUAUACAAACUGAUAUGAUGUAAUUUUGAACAAAAUCAGGCUGAAACUAAGUUUGUUUUGAGUUUGAGUGUUUUGAGCAGAUUCCAGAGUAAACUUUCUGGGGGAUUUCAAUUUGGCUCCUAAACACCUUUGAGUUUCCAUUGGUCCAUGGCGGUUACGUAAUCGGUGGGUGUGUUCUGAAACGCCCCCUUCUUUGGCAUGCUAUUUCUUUCCCGGUUCGUUUCUCAUUCAACUGAGGUCAGGCAAGAGAGAACAGUGUCCACACCUGUACGAUCGCUCGAGGAGAGACUUUAAAGAUUCAUAGAAAGCAUUUCAUUUCUAGAAAGAAAUUGCAACGAAGCUUGGUGUCGACGACACAGAGUUAUGCUAAAAGCGAUAUGGAGAAACAUUCGAGACAAGUUUUCCAAAAUCCAUGAAAAGAAUGAAAGAAAAGAAUAAAUACAGUAUAUAAG